CUCCGGAAGUAUUUUUGCGGCUGGCGCAUAUAAAUGCUAAGCUAACCUUAGCGAACGUUUUUUAAAACUAGUUUUGUUUUUUUCCUCAUCCAUGGAUGGUCCGAGUGCAAAGUACGUAUCUUAUAAAGUCAGCAAAACCAGGUGGCGUUCAGUGUCGCAUUCGUCUUUGCAGCAGCCGGAUGUUUUUGCCACUGGAUCGUGGGACAACGAGAACAACAAGGUUGCCUUUUGGACCAUCAACAGUCAUGGAGUUGCUGAUGUAGAAGAUGGAUUUGAAGGAGACCCUCAGCUGUUGUGUGAACAAAACCAUGAUGGCGACGUUCUGGAUCUUCAGUUCUUGGACCAUGACAGGAUUGUCACAGCAUCAUCAACAGGAGCAGUUUCCAUCUUCCGCCAUCACCAAAACAGUCAGACGGUGUCUGUGUCUCAGUGCUGGCAGAGAGCGCACCGUUACCCCUGUGACAACGCUCCCUGUACAGCGGUCGUGUGCUGCAGUCCCGAGAUCAUUUCUGUCGGUGAAGAUGGCAGGAUCAUCAUCUUCAGAGCCGACCAGGAGGGAGUGGUUCGUGUCAUAGAGGAUGCCGACAGCAGCACGAUUCACGCAGUGACUUACGUGAGGACAACAGAGAUUCUGACGGUGAACUCCAUCGGCCAAAUCAAGCUGUGGGACUUUAGGCAACAGAGCAGUUCACCCUCCCAGAUUCUGUCUCCAUCGGGCCACAGGGUUCCGCUGUACUGCGUGGACAGACACCCUAACCAGCAGCACAUUGUGGCGACAGGGGGUCAGGAUGGCGUGCUCUCCGUCUGGGACGUGAGACAGGGCAGCGCCCCCAUCUCACUGAUGGAAACGCACUCCGCUGAAAUGUGGGAAGUUCACUUCCACCCAACCAACCCCGACCAUCUGUUCACAUGUUCGGAGGACGGCUCGCUGCUGCACUGGGAGACGGCCUCACAUUCAGACAUGCCCUCGUUCUUACAAGGCAAGAAGAAGUGGCGCAUGAUGUCUCGUAGUGCCACAGCCCCAGCAGGGGGAAACAGUCCCCUUGUCAGUGCCUGGCUCUGCGGCGACUCCAGUAAAGGCCGUCUGGAGACCACUCACAUGCUGCCCAGCCACACGCUCUCUGUCAACAGCUUGGACGUACUGGGGCAGUGCCUGGUCUGUGGCACUGACGGAGAAGCGAUUUUUGUCAACAGACAUGUUUUAGUGUAGUUGAAUCGACAAUGAUGCUGUUUGUUCAUUCUUCUUUUCAGUCAUGCAUGGUUCCAAAAAUGGAGUCUUCAGAUGUAUGUCCAUGUUUGUCUGCUGUAUACUG